GAGGAGUUAUGUCUGUGGUCAAAGACCUGCAAGAUUAGAGUUUUCAAAAUGUGCUGAAUGCAGCACCGGAGCUAAACUUAUAGUCACAAAGGGCUACAUGCCUUUACUGAAGAUGGAACUCACAGCAAAAAAUCACUCCAUUCCUCUAAGUGAUGGAAACAGUAUACCUCUGAUAGGACUGGGGACUUAUGGAGAUCCUCGUUCGACCCCCAAAGGAACUGCCUAUGAAGCUGUUAAACUGGCCAUAGAUGUUGGUUACAGGCACUUGGAUGGAGCUUUGGUCUAUUACAAUGAGCACGAGGUGGGACAAGCAAUAAGGGAAAAAAUUGCAGAUGGAACAGUGAAAAGGGAGGACAUUUUUUACUGCGGAAAGUUGUGGAACACAUUCCAUCCGCCUGAGUUAGUACGACCAGCUUUGGAGAAAACACUGGAGACAUUGAAGCUGGAUUAUGUUGACCUCUACAUUGUAGAAAUGCCCACAGCAUUUAAGCCGGGAGAUACAUUCUAUCCCAAAGAUGAGAAUGGGAAGUGGCUUUAUCACGAGACGGACCUUUGUGCUACAUGGGAGGCUUUGGAAACUUGCAAAGAUGCUGGUCUGAUAAAGUCUCUUGGAGUAUCCAACUUUAACAAGCGUCAGCUGGAGCUGAUCCUGAACAAACCUGGACUUAAACACAAACCAGUGUCAAACCAGGUUGAAUGUCACCCGUACUUCACCCAGCCAAAGUUGCUGGAAUACUGCCGGCAGAAGGACAUCGUCAUCGUUGGUUACAGCCCCCUGGGCACAUCCAGGGAUGCAUCAUGGGUCAACCUCAAAUGUCCCCCUCUGCUGGAAGAUGAACUACUGUCAUCAAUUGCCAAAAAGUAUAAGAAGACCACAGCGCAGGUGUGCUUAAGGUUCAAUGUGCAGAGGGGAGUGGUAGUCAUCCCAAAGAGCUUCAGCCAUGAUCGUAUCAAGGAUAACUUUGAUAUAUUCGACUUCUCUCUCUCUGAGGAUGAAAUGAAGGCGAUAGAGGGGCUGAACAAGAAUAUUCGUUUUGUGGAGCUUCUCAUGUGGUCUGACCAUCCAGAGUAUCCAUUUCAUGACGACUACUGAUUCCACAAAUUUCCAGAUCACUUUUCCAUCAUUGUCAGCUUGAUUACUUAUGAACUGAACAACCUUUUUGUGCCUUAAUUUGAGACUUUAUGAAACACUUCCAAUGUUUACUGUACUAUACUGACUUUAUUGAAGUUGGACACCUGUUCAUUUCAAAAGUGACUCUGCAAUCUUUAUCUAAAACUAUUUUUGUUCUCAGUUACAUUAAAAAUCUCUUAGAUUAAAAUGAAAACGAAAAAUAAAAAGUGAUAUUUUUCUUUUGA